AUGAAACUCAUUUUGGGAAGAUGGGAAGUUACUACAUUAAUCGGACCUUCUUCUUUGAUGUCCAUCCCCCUUUGGGGAAGAUGCUGAUUGGACUUGCUGGCUACCUUAGUGGCUAUGAUGGUACAUUUCCUUUCCAAAAGCCAGGGGAUCGAUAUGAGCAGCACAACUACAUAGGGAUGAGAGGGUUUUGUGCAUUUCUCGGCUCCUGCCUGGUUCCCUUUGCCUACCUCACAGUGUUGGAACUGUCAAAGUCACUGCCAGCAGCCUUACUUACGGCUUUCAUCCUUAUUUUUGAUACAGGCUGUAUUACAUUGUCCCAAUAUAUUCUGCUGGAUCCCAUUCUAAUGUUCUUUCUCAUGGGAGCUGUUCUGAGUAUGGUGAAAUGUAACAGUUGUGCAGACAGGCCAUUUUCUGCCUCCUGGUGGUUCUGGCUGAGUCUGACUGGUGUGAGCCUUGCUGGAGCAAUGGGAGUAAAAUUUGUUGGCCUUUUUGUAGUCCUCUUGGUUGGCCUGAACACAAUCUAUGACCUAUGGGACUUGCUGGGGAACCUCAGCCUGUCACUGGUCAUGUUUGGGAAGCAUUUACUGGCUCGUGUACUCUGCCUCAUCGUGCUCCCGCUUGCCCUCUACACGGCUAUGUUUGCUGUUCAUUUUGCAGUGUUAAAUAGAAGUGGUCCUGGGGAUGGUUUCUUCAGUUCAGCUUUUCAAUCCCAGCUGAUUGGGAACAAUCUUCAUAAUGUCUCCAUUCCAGAGCAUUUGGCAUAUGGGUCUGUGGUCACAAUGAAGAACCUUCGGAUGGCAGGGGGAUACCUUCACUCCCACUGGCACCUCUAUCCGGAGGGCAUUGGGGCUCGCCAGCAGCAGGUCACUGCCUACUUACAUAAAGAUUUGAAUAACCUGUGGGUCAUAAAGAAGCAUGAUUCAGAUACAGCAGAUCUGUCUGACCCCUCAAGUCCUGUGGAGUUUGUGAGGCAUGGAGAUAUUAUUCGUCUGGAACAUAAAGAAACUUCUAGAAAUCUGCACAGUCACCAGCAUGAGGCUCCCCUGACAAGGAAGCAUUUUCAGGUCACUGGCUAUGGAAUAAAUGGAACAGGAGACUCCAAUGACUUCUGGAGGAUUGAAGUGGUAGGCAGGAAGACUGGGAAGCUCAUCAAAGUCCUGCGGAGUCAGGUCCGGCUAACCCACGUGGCCACGGGGUGUAUUUUGGGAUCCUCUGGAAAGACUCUGCCAAAAUGGGGCUGGGAACAAGUAGAAGUCACCUGUACACCAUACUCAAAGGAGACACCCAAUUCCCUCUGGAACUUUGAAGAUCAUAUUAACCCUAAAUUGCCCAAUAUCAGCCUGGAUGUUUUGAAGCCUUCUUUUGCAGAAAUUCUGCUAGAAUCUCACAUGGUUAUGAUCCGGGGAAACAGUGGCCUCAAACCAAAGGACAAUGAAGUUACAUCCAAACCUUGGCACUGGCCCAUCAACUACCAGGGACUGCGCUUUUCUGGUGUCAAUGAGACGGAUUAUCGGGUUUAUUUGCUUGGAAACCCGGUGAUUUGGUGGCUAAAUCUGGUCACUAUUGGGUUAUAUCUUCUGAUAACAGUUUGCACUGCAGUGGCACUGAAGAGAGGUGUCCAGCUGACAUCUGAACUCAAAGAACUGUCCAGAGUUGUGCUACGUGCUGGAGGGCAGAUCACACUGGGCUGGCUCCUUCAUUACCUCCCUUUUUUUAUGAUGGGACGAGUUCUCUAUUUCCACCACUACUUUCCUGCAAUGCUUUUUUCCAGCAUGUUGACAGGAAUCACCUGGGAUGCACUACUGAAGUUCUGUGCUGUGUUCUUGUCACCCAGCACUACAGCUAGAAAGAUAUAUGGAGGUGGAUUCCUGGCACUGGUUCUGCUCAUCCUGUACAGCUUCUACCUCUUCCAUCCACUGUCCUAUGGGAUGAUAGGACCCAUGGCCUCCAACCCUAGCAGCCCCAUGGCAGGGCUCCGGUGGAUGGACUCCUGGGAAUUCUAGAGCAAAGGAAGCCUGGGAACAGCGGAUCAGAAACAUGAGAUCUGCUGCAUGUUGGGCUGAUUCUGGUGCUUUGAAGAUGUGACUAUAAAAUGCCCCCUCUGGAGAACUCUGGGUAUAGUAACCCUGUUGCUUUGGCAUUUGUUUGCACUGCCUGCAUUGGAAGAUGCAGAGGAUGAGAAGGUCCCCUUAAAUUAGAAGACUCAUGUCCUGGAUCCUUAGGUUGUAUUAAUGGACAACUGGCUGCCUAAAUGCCAAUUCCUUCAAGCAGUUUAUGUCAGUCAAACAGCAGUGGCAUUCCAGCAGCCAGAGCAGUACAAGUUGGAGCUGUCUGUGGUUGCAUGUACAUUCUGUGUGUGUGUGUAUCUUCCUUCUUGUAAUCUAAGCAUCACUACAGUUUGAAGCACUAUAGGACUUCUAUCAUGAUUAACAACAUUUUUAUGGUGAGGUUUUUGAAAGCUUACUGUAAGUAUCUGGGGACCUUCAUUCUACCUGCCUUGGCUAUCUGAAGGUUUUUUGUUCUGACCCUGGAUUUUUAAAAUUUGACUGAAAGGGUCUGUUGGAAAUCUCCUGAGCCAUUGUGCCUUGCCUGUCUUCCAGGCCCUCUGCAGAGAUGGAAAUUGUUUAUUCCUAUAUACUGCCUUGCUUUCCAGUCACCUUUAAUAAUUUAUACAACUCACCUAGCAGGCCUGUUUUUGGGGCCAGACCGUUCCAGCUCACCUCUUUGUAGCUUCUUUCAGUUCUGUCUGAAGGUGCCAAGGAAAUUACAGUGGAAGUGGCAGGUGAUAUAUUUUCAGUCCCGGUAUGCUGUGGAGACCAGCACGGGGAUGUACUAGAGACUGUAAUGAUACCUUGGAAAUCUUACAGACAGCUGUCAUUCAGCUUUUGUUCCCAGCGAUUUCAGUGCCAGUGCCUUUGCUUUUAGGGGAAGGCUUCAUCUCAAUGCAUGUGGCAUCUGCAAAACUGGCUGCUGGUGCCAAAGUAUCUGCUCAGUGUUCCCAUAUUGAACAAGUUCCUUCUUUAGACUGCUGAAUAUCAAAUUACAAGAAAAUGUGAGGCCAGGCAAAAAUUCUUUGUCUGUGAAGUGUCAAGAGCCAUUGGAUGUUGAAUCCACCCCUUCCAAGAAAGCAGAGUUUGAUUUAUCAGGUGCCUUUGUCCUGUGUUAGGUCUAUUUUUGUCUAUGUUUCUUUUAUUCUGUUUCCUACUCUUCAUCCAGUGUCGAUUUCUUGUCACAGUUCAAGUUGCUAUCUUGUAGCAUCCAACAUAAAUGACACUUAGAUCACAGCUGUGUUCCUAUCUCAAGAAGUAAUAUUUGAAAAACUCUUUUGUGUGUGUUUCAAUUAACUCAUGCCUUUCAUUUCAGAGUUCUUGCUUUGCUUCACAGCCUUGCAUCAAAAUUACAGUUAGACAGAAAGUGCAGGUGGGUUUGUCUGCCUUUAAACAUGGACUGUGCAUUUAUUUGUCUUUCCAAAUCUUGGAUUCCAAUACAUUUCCUACCACACAGAAGGGCUGCAUUAGCAUAGUUGUUCUGUGGGGGGGACUAGACUCCAGUCAGACUUGCUUUGGUUCCUCUUUAAUAAAGAUCCAUAGCAUUGUUCAGUAAGGCAGCUGCUUGCUUUGUAAGGCUCUGGUUUGGUGUGUCACAUCUCUCCAGAAACUGACUCCUAGAGAUACUAGCUCAGAUGGGAUGGAGCUGUGCUUUUGAUUCUAAAGGUUUUGAG